GCCCACGACAGCCAAAUAAUAAUGAAUCAUUUCAUAAAUAAUGGGUUUAGGGGCUUAUCGGGAAUGAAGAGGCCGCUGCCGUGCGCUUAUCUCACUCGGCCACAUUGCGGCCUGUGUUCCGCUCCCCAUACUGAGGGAGCGCACUGGAUGCGGCGAGGAAUAACUCAGCUACACACAUACGCAUACACACAUAUGCACACGCACACACAUACACACACUACUCCACAACUGGUAGAGAGAGAAAAAAAAAGAAAAACCUCAGACAUGGAUGACCCACUCACAAAAUGGCUCCACUUACACAGUAACAUCAACAACACGGCUGGAACGGCUUGCGUGGACAGCAAAUGCGUGGUUAUAUCUGACAUUUUGCCACAAACGAUGCACUGAACUAUGGAUUAAUCGAGGGAAAUCUCAUUUAGGACGUAGUGGACUCUAGCGAGUGGUGACGGCAUAAAAAUGAUGGAAAAGCGGCAACAGGAGCUUUGUCCCGAAAGUCCCGAUGCAGGGUCCGGUCCUAAUAAACGGGAGGACUCCGCCAUCAUCUCCAGACAGAACGGAUGCAAGGAGGACGGGGAGCCGAGGAGAGAGGAGGGGGAGGAGGAAGAAGAGGAGGAUGAUGAGGAGGAGGAGAGGGGAGGGAGCUUCAAGGGGGUUGAGGAGACGGAUGACGUUCCUCUGCAGAACUCGAACAACGGGACCAGCAUCAGCAUCAUCAUCAACGGCGUUGCCAAGGAAACUGCCUCUCACAACGCCCUUGACCUGAAAAGGGAAGUGCCGGUGAUCGAGCUCUCCAGGGGGGACGCUAUAAAAGCGGUGCAACAGAGGACUGAGAGCCAUUUGGUGCCGAUCACGGAACUUCGCAGACCUCCACCGCUGCCGCUGCCGCCGCCGCAACGAGACGACGCUCGAAUGGUCCAACUGAGCCCAAACGCGUUCCCUGUCCCAGCGCGGGCGAUGCUCUACAACCUGGCACAGCCUCUCGCCGCCAUCAACAGUCUCGGAGGAGAGUCGGAGCAGUACAGCAUGUACCCCAGCAACAGGGUAAAGCGCCGCCCGGCGCCUUAUGAGGUUGAACUCGACGAGGGUAGGCGCAUUUUAGAUCUUUAUAAGUAUGCUGGCCAGCCAAAGAUUGUACGUCGCAUCUUCACAAACAGUCGUGAACGUUGGCGGCAGCAGAAUGUAAAUGGGGCAUUUGCAGAGCUUCGUAAACUCAUUCCCACCCACCCUCCUGACAAGAAGCUGAGUAAAAACGAGAUACUGCGGCUCGCUAUGAAGUACAUCAGUUUCCUCUCCAACCUCCUCGAGGAUCAGGAUGGUGGGAGGAAUGUUGGCAGCACAACUGAUGGGGACACAGGGCUGUUGGUUGGGGUUGCCGCCCACGAGGGGGGCCCUCAGGGUGAACCGCACCAGGACACAGUAGUGGGCUUAGCCAGGGAUGAUCUUUUGGAGACAAUGUCGCCAGGCUCCAGCUGCGGAAGCCUACCUGAUGGCGAUGCUGAAGGCAGUCCUGAAAGCUUCAUGGAGGACCAGGACUCGCCUCCAGCUCCAAGGACUCUAGCAACAUCUCGCGGACCCCCACUUCAUCUAGCUACUAGGGAUCUGCGGCGCAAUGGACGCCCGUUAGAUAACUCCAGUCGCCGAUGAUGCUGACGCCAACAAACAACAACACAGCACCUGAGAGUGAAAUGGAGGAACUAAAAAAAAGAAAAAAGAGGCGGACACACUCAGACCCUGUAAUUUUUGAGUCAUCAGUGUAGAAAGGAGAAUUAAGCUCCGCAUAUUGAGAUAGUGCUGUCCAAAAUGGACGACGAGCGUGUUCUCGUCUCCACGCUGAACAGUUUGAUGAAUUUAAGACUUGUAAAUUCUGCAUGUCUCAUGUCUUUGAUAGACCUGCGGAUUUCAGUGCUUUGAAAGCGCCAAAGACUGGAUAUCCUUACACAUUAGAAACACCCCAAUAUAUGAAAGAAAGAGCAAAGAAACAAAAACUAAUAAUAAUCAGGCAAUCGUCACUCAAACGACAAGCGUUUUAUUCAGAGGAUCAAUGUUUCACUGAUGACACUAUUAAUUACAAUAUGAUGCCACUGGAAUUGAUCCACCUUGCUUGCACGGCGCCGAAAGUAACAAGCACACCAGGAGAUUUAUCCUCGACAAGUUCGGUGUUUUAAUUUAAAGACACAAAGGAAAAUUUGCCUCACUCUGAGGCCAUAAAAACACUGAGUGGACCCUAAUUGUACCCAUGCGAUUCGUAUGCAUUGUAAAUAGCAUAUAUAUUUCCACUGCACAAUGUAAUAAUAGUGACUCAAAUUCAAGUCAUGUGGAUUAAGAUGUACCAUAGUGUGUUUGUCAGUGGGUUUACUAGCAAAAUUGUCUUUUAGGAGACAGGAUGACAAGAAGGAGGAGAAAUUAGAUGAACUAAAAAAAAAAAGGAAAGAAAAAAGAAGUAAAGCAAGCGACUGAACGUAUAAGUACAUCAAUUGUGGUACAAUUGACUUCUGUUACACUUUGGUGAUGAGAAAAUGUCACCAAAUCUGUCAGCAGACAGCAGAAAACAAUCACACUGCCUGGAAUGAAUAUAUCUAUUUGAAAUUGCUGUGGAGGUACAAGACAUGCAGUGUACAAAGUGUGGGUCAAAUGAAAUCACGACAUGACUCAUGCAGUCCUUUUUUAUAUGAAUGUUGCAGUGUUUUGUUUUGUUUGUUUGGGUUUUUUUUAAACUGUAAAUCAGUUGUAGUUUAGUAAGGUACACAAAUAAAUCCCUUCAUUGCCAUAUU